GAAGUCUUUGUUAUUCUUUUGGUACUACCUUCGUUGCCAACUCGACAUCUAACCAUGAAGCUCUCGGCCAUCUUCCUCCAGGCAGGCGCCCUUCUCAUCGCUACCACUCUAGCAAGUCCCCUUCCGGUACCCGAGGAUGGCUCUAUCAGAAUCCCCGUCAAGGGCGCCCCGGCUGAACGUGACGACGGCUCCAUCCGCAUCCCUGUGAAGGAUGCUCCUGCUAAGCGGGACGACGGUGUAAGCAGGAUUCCAGUCAAGGGCACCCCAGAGAAAGAAACCGACGGCGUCAUCCGGAUCCCUGUCAAGGGCGCCCCAGCCAAGCGUGAGGACGGCUCGAUCAGAAUUCCGGUUAAGGGUGCCCCGAACAAGCCAACUCAGGAGUAGGGACGGUUUGUCGGAUGCGUUUCUUCAUGUACAAUGCAUAAAGCAGAAUUCCAACUUUGUUACCCGACGAACUCCCAAACUCCGAGAAUGCGCAAUCUGUCCCAUAGUGUUUGCCAGGAAGAACUUGAAACUGGCGGUAGCCAAGCCAAGCGGAGUUGGUGACUGGAGAAGAAACGGGAUGAUCUAAACAUGAAAACGGGUCGUUAGAAGAAUGUUAUGCACAGUCAAACGGAUGAU